AGAGAACUUCCCCGGAUCCUUUCAGGAUUAAUUUGUUCAAAAAGGAAAUAAUAGGAAAAUACUCAACAUGCAAAAGUCUUGUGAAGAAAAUGAAGGAAAAGCACAGAACAUGCCAAAACAUGCCAAUGACCGCCCUUCAGAAGAGGUGCCACAGGAGGCAGAAGGAAAUCCUCAACCUUCUGAAGAAGGGGUCAGCCAGAAGCAGAAGGAAGCCUUAGAUCGGCUGACUCGGCCUGUCUGGGGAUUUAAAGAGGACACUCCCGUUAGGCAUUUGAACUCUGGAGAAAUGCUAAGAGGAGUCAAUGAAUUGGAAAGACUUAGGGAAGAAAUAAGAGUAAGAAACAAGUUUAUGGUGAUGCAUUGGCCUCAAAGACAUUCACACAGUGAUCCUUAUCCUGAGUACUUUAACCUGGUCACCCAGCAUCUGCGGGCCUCCUGCACCUACCUCUCCUUGGGCUUCCAUUUCCACCAUGACGAUGCUGCUCUGGAGGGCCUGGGCCACAUCUUCCACAAGUUGGUGGAGCAGAAGCACGAGGAGCCCAGCUUCUCUUAA